GAUUCAGUGGCUGACAAGGCUUAUAAAGUGUAAAAAGUUCGCGAACUUGCUUAGUUUGAAACUAAGCAAAACAAUAUAAUUUUUUUUGAGCCACCAGACGGUAUUCUCCAGUGCAUUGAAUUUCAUGUUAAAAAGUGUGUUAAAGAAAUUGUGUGAUUUUGAGGUGGUCAAUAACAUUUUGUAUGUGGUAAAAAUUUGCGACCUGUUGUUUUUUGAAAUAACCCACUACCAACUGUUACUUGCUGGGAAUUGAAUAGUAUUGUAGUUGAACUGGUCACUUUCACUGACCUACCUGAAAAAUCUAAAUGCUAAAAUUUAUGCUCUGGUUCUUAGUUGGUGUGGUGGCUGUUGUGCAAUCCUCAAAUUGCAGAAAUUGUUAGCUCAUUCCAGUGCCCAUGGCUCAUCGUAGUUCAUUACAGGUUCUACUUUCUCUUGGUUGCAUUACUGCAAAAGUUUGUUGUGUUGUGCAUCCUAAUUACUUUUGCUUGUUUUCUUUAUAUGGAUUUAGCAAUUGCAUAUUGCGGUGAAAUUUCUUCUUACUGUAGAGCUUUGCAUUAACAUUCCUUUUCUAGUUUAUGCACCAAUGUUUCAUGCAGAGUGCUAGGUUAUGUGCUUAUGAAUUUGUGGCAUUGUGUUUGAAUGUUAGAGGUGCCUGCAACAAUAUUUAUUAUUGAACUUGUUCAAGAAAAUUUUAAUGCACUGGACUAGGAAAACUCAUUUUUAUAUUGUGCUUUCUUAAAACGACUUGCCUUUUAUAAUCUUCUUUUCCACUUAUCUGUCAAGAAAUACACUUAAGGUAUGAAGAAAGUUGUUAAGCAUAUAUAUAUAUAUAUAUAUAUAUAUAUAUAUAUAUAUAUAUAUAUAUAAUGUAUGUAAAAGGCAGACACACUUUCUUACAUUUUGCUUUUGCUUUGUUUGAGCAUUUGUUGCAUGUCCUUUGUUCCUUGUGAAUUGCAGUAAGAGUUUUGAAAUUUCUGGUAGAGAAGUUAUGUGAAACUGCAGAUCAGGCUAUGAAGUAAGAGGUGAAAUGUUAUUUAUGUCUUUGCCUCUGUUAUCACCACUGUUGCCACACCAUGUCUCUGACAUGUGCACAUAGAAGUGGCUUUAAAGCAGUGUGAUAACUUGAACUUUGGUGUAUGGUGUGAUAGGGUUAUCAUAGCCAGUGUUUCAGCCAAAGAAUGAACACUGUUAACAUGCACUAGUCAUGCAAUAGCAUUUUACUGUUUCAUCUGAGGUAAUUGGUUUUUAAUUACUGUAGCAUUCUGCCUAAUUUACAAAUGGGAUAUGAAGGAGGCAGCACAUCACAUGGCUGUCAUGCUAGUGGCAGCCAUGGGUUUUUGCCUCCUUCAUGUCUUGUUUGUUAAGGCUAAACUGUACGCUUAAGUGUUGUGUGGGGUUGGUAGGUACAUUGAUGUAGGAACUAUGAUGAGCCUACUGUUGGGGUAGUGUGUAAACUUCAGUGCAGGUUAUGCAUUUUUGAUUAGUUGAGUACCAUCGCACCAAUUCUGAUCCAUAGAACUGUCCAGUCUCUAGUGCAAGUAUAUUGCAUUCGCCCACAGUUGCUUGCCUCUUUAUGCAGUCUGUGCACAUGGGCUUUGUUAUGCUGUUAUGGACAUUGUAUGCUCAGCUGUUUAAUUUCCUCUUUUUUGUUUGUUCUGCAGUUUAUUGUAAGCAUGAAAUGUAGAACACUUCCAUUGCUUAUGCUUUUGUACAGGCCCACAGCUAACCAGCACUGCGUCAUCAACUCAAUCAGUAUCUUUCUAUAUUAAAGUCUGAAACUCUCAGAAUACAACUGGAAGAAGCCAAGCAGUGCUGCUUUCUUAACCAGGUUGCCCGCAUCCGUCAAUGUUGGCUGACCAGAGCUGCUGCUGCUGCCAAUGACUUGCCUUAUACUUCAAUCGGCAUAAUCUUUCUUGUCGAUGGAUACUGCUGACGAGCCUAGCAUGGCGUGCCAUCAGGAUGUGACAAUUCCAUAACUGCGAAUUCUUUUGGGCCUGUGUGCUUUGGCCUGGAGCUGUAGUACCAAGCAUUCUUAACGGACCUUGAGGACAGGUUCAAUUCAGUCGGUCAUAAGGCAAGUAUUUCUUUUGACCCUUCCUGCACCUAAUUUAUCACAGUUGUCAUAAGGCAAGUAUUUCUUUGGUUUUGCAUGUAAGUAAUGACAGCCACUGAUAACAUCAAGUGCAAAUGCCUGUUUCUACUUGAUUAAACAUCUUAUAAUAGAAUUGUGUUUUCUUUAGGUUGCAGGAUCAGAGCCAAUUGUCCAAGAACAAGUGAUAGGCUACUUUGACCUGGACAACCCUGGCUUGCAGCUUGUCGGGGGCGACACUUUCUACCUCCCAACUGAAGCACUUAGAGAACAUGUCCUAAUGUCUGAGCACGGCAAGGAAGGGCAACCUAUAAUUGUUGUAGUGGAAGAAGGCUCUCAAAACGUUGUUGUUCAGGCUUUUUCUAGAGAUUCCGAGGCAAUGGGAGAGGAGGCAGCCUUCACUGUGAAUCAGCUGGAUAAUGCAAUCUCAGCUACCCUUCCAGAGCAGUUUGCCGGUGUAGAAACAAUUACAACUGCUGAAGGGCAACAAUUGCUAAUUCUGUCGGAAGAUGCUAGUGGGAAGCUUGUAGGCAUGGAGGGCACACCGGUUGAAGAUUCUGAUGCUGCUCCUGAAACUGGGCCUUCGUGCCACGAGGGCUCAAAGGAUAAUUUACCUGGGCAGUGUGUUACAUCACUUAACAGCAUCCAGACAGAGUUACAGCCAGAGUGUAAAGAGUUGUCCGAGGUAAAUGGCAGCAAUGAAAUAAAUGCAAUUCCUGAGAAUGUACAAGCUCCUGAAGAAAGUGCAGAAUGCAAAUAUGAAAGUGAAAGUAAGCUUCAUGCACCUGCACCAGUAGAUGUUCUCGAGUCGUCCAAUAAGACUAGUGUCUCUCAUGUGUCAGUUGCCUUUGGCCAGGGUGACAAUUCAGAAUAUCGGGAAAAGCCAGCAUCAGAUAGCAUGGAACCAGUGCAAGACACCGAACAAAAGAAGAAUGGAACAGUGGGCAUGGAUGUUGGUCAUCUAGGUGAUGGUCAUUCAAGCGACAUGACUAUGCCACCUGCACAGGCCAUAAAACCUGGCACAGAUACCAAACUCAACACUUCUGAAAUGCCACUGGCACCAUCCAUUGCUGGUGAGAAGUUGGACACUGCUGACUUAAUUAAUGCAGACAAACAUACCAAGGAAUAUACCAUGUGUGCUGUGCAGGACUUGAAAAGCACUGAGGCUGUAGGCAACACCCUUGCAUUUUCUGAACAUCAAGGUCAAGGUGCAAGAACACUUACUAUGGACGUUGUGUGCGCACCGCAAACCUCAAGCAAGCACCUUAUUGCGGGUCCUGCAACAAAUCCAUCACUUAAAAUGAAAGUUGAUGAACCUUCCCCAGUGGUAGCUCAGCACAGUGACGCCCCUUCAGAAAAAUCCCUCAAGGGGGGCCAAAGUACUGAAGUGUUCAACAAAAUAACCAGUCAAAGUGCCAAUGAUCAACUGCUAAGUGGAUCUGAAAGUGCAGCACGUCUACUUUUACCUUUUAGUGAAAGCAUUAUGCACAGCAGUGAUUGUUCUACUGUGACUGGUUCAGAGCAAAAAAGUAUGGAGCCAGCGGCCAGCAAGCACUCUAUUACGUUGAGUGCUGAUGGAACAACUCUUCCCAAAAGCAAGGUAGGACAACCACUUCUGUGUGAAACUACAGGGAGCGCUUCAAACAAAAAUACCUUAAUUUUAAGCCCAGAGGCUUGCCCCGCACCUUCAUCUUCCAAUUUAGAAGCUCACCAGGAACAACAAAGCUUGGUGGAGAAGGAAGGCACGACGUGUACACAUGAAAAUUCUGUGGAUAAGCAAAGUGAGUUUUCUCCAGUCACCACGAGUGUAGAAAAAAACCUUGAGUGCGAAGACAAGCAUGCAGAUUUUACUAUUGAGUCUUUGUCUGCUGCUCCAGAGGAACUAUCUCAAAUGAGUCAUAGUGUUGGUGCAUGCAAUUAUGAUAAACUUGAUGAAAAAAAUACAUCAGAUAAAAAGGAUUGUGCAAAUGAAGACCAGGCAGAAAUCCUUGAAAAAAGCGUGACAGCAGAACCAGGACAAAAUUCACUCGUUUCUGAAACAUUGAAAGUUCAACCAGCUGCUGGUGUUUUAAGUAACAACAUAAUUACUGACAUUGAGCAAGAAAAAUGUCAAUCGAUGGAGAAAGAUAACCUAGGGACACAACUUUGCAACGUUAUACAUGAGAGCUCUGAAUUAUCACUGGACUUUCAAGCAAGAUCCAGUCAGAAGGAGAAGGCAUUCCACUCAAGUGAAAUGAAAGCAUUGCAUGAAAUGCCAAAGAAACAAAAUAAAAAAGUGGCAUUGAAUCCUGUGGCCAGUAGUCAUACAGAAAGCAAGUUGCAGGGCUCUCCAAAUAUUGACAAUCGUAAAGUCUCGCAGAGGAGAUUGUCUGGAAGUGUCCAGGAAGUCCCAUUAGAUGCAACUGUAAUGGCUGCUCAAGGCAACCGGCCUCAUGUAACAAGGGGACAGUUUAUAGUCCAAUCACAAGCAUCGUCAGAACUAGACACCGAUGAGAACAAGUUCCAGGAAGAAACUUUUCAUGAUGUUGAUAAACUUUCUUGCGUACCUGCCGAUAGCAACCUAUGCAUGCACGAUACUGAAUGUCAACAAAGCAAGAAAGUUUUUGAGCAUUUUGCACCACGUGAUAGCAAUGGAGGACUUCAAGAGUUACACGGCGAUGAACAUCAUGAGAUGGGUACAUGUGAAGUUCAAGAACAAGAUGAAGGAGGCCAAACUGGGGUUGUAAAGGACAGUCUGAGCAUGCCAGAGGCUUCGACUUCUAUGCUAAGUUCGCUAAAAGCUAAAGGUUUGAACUCUGAAGGAGUAAGAAGUGCUAUAGGGUGUGAUGAUGAACUUCUUGCUGCACUUCACCUAGUUCCCCGUCAAGGAGCAUCGCCACUUCCACCUGAUGGCUAUGCAGAACUAUGUACACCACCUGAAGAGCAAGAUGUGAGAGCUGAAGAGCUGUUCACAGCACUUGCAAUCUAUGAUAAAGGAGACAGAGAAACAGAACCAAAAGAAGGAUGCUCAGAUGAACAAGAAGAAGAUUCUCCAAGUAAAAAGCGUUGGUAUCUUCGUAGACCAACAAAACCAAGAAAGAGAGUCAUCAUCCCAGACAGUGAUGAUGAAGAUUUUGAGGCCUAUGAAAGUGAAAACGUUCCAACUGUAACACAGAAGAGCAAGUCGGAGCAGGCAUUUGAUGAUCUUUUGGAUGGAUUCAAGAAAGAGCAAGCUCAGACGGCCGCUGUAAAAACUGCACCAAGAAAAAAGAGAAAUGGAAAAAAAGUUGGACUUGCACCCACCAAAAGUACAUCUGCUCGUUCAAGAGCAUCUGCUGCAAAUAGUAUCCCAUUUGAAAAAGAAUCUACUGUGACGACAGAUGAGGUUAAAGAUGUAGUAAAGCCCAUAGCUAGAAAAAGCCAGCCGGUGAACACACCUUGCACAACCAGUCAAGCAGCUGCCACGAAACAAGCUCGAAAGCGACGCUCAGAGCCAGUGAAGGCUGUGUCUCCUAAAAAAAGUGCAGGCGAUGGUACACGUAAUCGGAUUCCCUCUUUUAGUGAUACGUUUGCUGGAGACAUCAGAAUUCGCUGUCAGAAACCAAGUUCCUCAUCGGAUAAGAUGGCAACACAGUAUCAUUGUUCCAAGUGUGGCUUUCGCUCAGCUCGAAUGGCGAAUAUUGUGAGGCACCAUAAGCAGGACUGCCCAUACUCUCAGAAAGAUUUUGCUUAGGGUUCCAAGUCCUCAAAAAGUACAAACAGUACUCGCACAUGGGUCUGUUAUCACUGUCAUGUACUCAUCCGAUUGCUGCAGACUCGGUUCAUUGACGUUUAAUUUUUGUCAUCACCAGUGUCAUUGUUUAUAAGAGGGGGGAAAAUGGUAUGUUAAAAGCACAAAGUCAACCAUGUGUAUAGCACAAUUUUUGUUGCAAAUUUUGACCACCUCUAUCUAAAUAAAAGUUCAGUUUCUCACUUAAGUUAGCUGAACUCUUUCAGUUGAUAAGGCCCACAGUAGGCUACUAAGUGAGCCUUGUGUUCAUUUUAAUGUUCUUAGUAUUUAGGAACAAAAGUAAGGGAAGUGCGCUGCUGGCUUAACGUAAAUGUGAUAGGUGUGUUUGAACUGCUGUGUGCUUUUGUUUUACUCUUGUAUUUCGUUAGCAGUUUUAAACUGUGUCGUGCCAGUGCGGCUUGCAGCCUCAAGGUACCGAAACACUUGUGCACCGUUGUAGGGCACAGGUUUUUUAUCUACAAAUGGCAUUAAUUGCUCACCUGAAAAAUCUUCACCAAAUUUGUUUGGCUAUAGAAUCGGGUGAUGUAGUUGUGUCACGACACCUACCCUUGCAGCUGGUGCAAUUGAAAUGACCAAAUGUGCCAUGUAUUGUCAUGGUCUUCAGUGUAGAUAAUUGUGCAUAUCAUUUCUCCAACACUUUUUGUCCGGUGCAGUAGCUAAAUGAACUAGCACACAUUGUAGUCUAGGGAACAUUGUUUCCUUUGUCAAGACACUUGCACAUGUUUGACCACAUUCAUCCCAAGGGCACCUGUGCAAUCUUUUUUUACAUCCUCUCUUAUUGCUAUAUAUGUUUACUUGAUAAACACUGAAAGCUGCUUGUAAUCAGUCACCAGCAAAAAGGGCAUUUUUGCACUGAUAUUUCAGUGUUGACUAAGGUGAGGCAGUGUCAGGGGCAGCAAAACACAGUGUUCACACCUCCUCCCACCUGUCUUUGGAAUGAUCAGCAGUGCUGACACUCUGACCAGACAGUGCAAUAGCAGGCAAGAUCCUUGUUGCCUUAUUUAUUUGUACCCUAUUGACUAUGCACGGCUGUUGGUGUACCCAUUAUCAGCUAAAUCUAAUUCAAGAUCAGCUAAAAUGUCGCAAUACCCAUUAUAAACACAAAUUUACUGCUAGUUAAGCCUAAAAUAUGGUAGAUGUGAAAUCUAUUAAAAUGGAAACACUGGUUGGGAAGUUAAAGGGAGGUGCAUUGUGCUUGUUACUGUUGUGAUGCAUGCCAAAUGCUUAUGACUGGUUCUAGGAGCUUGAUGCAUUGCUUCAUUUUUUUUUUCCCCAACCCUCCAUUUUCUUGCUUCAUUUGUAAUUUUUUUUGUAUAAGUAGUAUUCGGCAUGUUCCUCCAUUUUCAUGUUUUCCAAGAAAUUUUUUUUUAUUUUACUUAUGCUGCCUUUUUUUAUUUCUUGAGUUUGAUACUUUUGUUUUCUGCUGUUAUUGUUUUACUUGAUUUAUAGAUACUGUGAAGUGCCUACAGUUAAUUGCUAGUGAAAGGGUCACUUUGUAUGAUAGAAUUUCUCUUAUGUUGUAAUGAGCUAUGUUUUACCAUCUGCCAGGGCACUGUAGUUCUUUCUGCACAAGGUACAUGCAUAAAAUGUUACAGAGGCCUCACAAAUGGUGAGCUUGAUGUGCCAAUUGUGAAGUUGUGUGGACAUAUUAUGCAGUGUAUUUUCUUCUUUUAUCCUUCAGCUAGAAAAAUGCUGAUGACAUGUUGUGAGAAUUUCCUUUUCCUCAUUUCCUUGUGAGAAAUUUGCUCAUUUUCCUUUUCUCACUCUCUCAGUUGUAUUCGUUUCAAACACAGAGCUUGAUUUUUGUCAACAUUGUUUCGAUUCCUUGAUAGGCACUUCAACCUGGCUACUAUGAAUUGCCAUCAAAAAAGCAUUAUUGGAUACCAGAAUUGCUCAUUAGUUGUAAAUUGCUAUCUUUAAUUACCUGGUUAAGCACUGUUUGGCGGGCACCAUUUAUUUUUGUGCCAGAAAGAGAAGCAGAAUUUGCACAAAUCGUCUUAUUGGAGGGUUCUUCCAGCAUGUAGUGUACAUUACAAUGGCAUCUCUGCCUAAGGGACAAUAUUAUGUGCUAUUUGUGAAAAUAAGUUGCUCUCUUAAUGAUCUAAAGGUGGAUUAAAUGAAUGCUUCUGAGUGCUUUUAGGGGAUUUACAGUUGUUUGAUAGCAUUAUUUAUUUUUGCGCUGUUUUUUUUUUUUAUCAUUAUGUGCAUUGACUUUGUGUAUUGUAUGGUUAUGUUUUGUGAAAAAGUUAUUCAAACAGCACAGUUGUGCUGCUUCAGCAUUAAUUCUGCUUCUCUGAAAACAUUAAGAAUGGCCAAUACAAAGCCCUUAGGUCUUUGUAUUGGCCACUUGUGUGUCCACUUGUGUGUCCAGCUUGUCCUUGGCAUGUAUCUGUGGUAUUGGCCUUCAACCUCUUGCUGUUUCUUGACUCUGGUUUAUCCGAGCAAGGAUUUGUAAAAGAAAUUGUAGGCUUUUUUAUGUGACGUUUUAAUUUAUUUAAACAAUAAGUGCAAGUUAUGGCCUUAUUGAAGAAUUGCUUGUAUACUUCCUCUUGUUUUUUUAUUGUGACUGUUUUUUAGCUGAGCAUUAAAGGUUUGCUCACAGUUUAUCCGAGCAAGGAUUUGUAAAAGAAAUUGUAGUUUUUUUGGUUUUUUUAUAUAAGGCUUUAAUUUAAACAUGAAGUGCAAGUUAUGCCCUAAUUGAAGAAUUGCUUGUAUACUUCCUCUUGUUUUUUAUUGUGACUUUUUUUUAGCUGAACAUUAAAGGUUUGCUCACCAUCACAAACAA